GUGCUCUUCAAGUGUUUGAGAAAUUGAUGCAAAGAAACUACAGAAUGUGAUUUAAUGAAACUAUGAGUGAUUCUAGUUUUUGUGUGCUCAAAUUACUACUGCCUUUUGUUAUUAUUAUUGUUAGAUGAUUAAAUAUAAUAUAUAUUUAUAAUUAUUUUGCUACUGAGUACUCUCAGUCAUCAUAUGGACAGUUCAAAUCCUGCCUUUGGAAGCAGUGGUGGACAUAUUGACGAAGUCCUGAUUAUAAUCUUGUUAGAUAUUUCUUCACGUUGGCUUGUGCUCUCAUGCUUGGAACCAUUUUUUGGAAGGUUGGAACCAAAAGGGAGAGCUCGACUGAUCUGAUUAUGGUUAUUGGUGCCAUGUAUGCUUCCGUGACGUUUUUGGGAAUUAACAACUGCUCAACUGUACAACCUAUAGUAGCCAUUGAGAGAAUUGUAUUCUAUCGUGAAAGAGCCGCUGGAAUGUACUCUGCUUUGCCUUAUGCCUUGGCACAGGUCUAUAUUGAGAUGCAUUUCUUUGGCGCAAUACUAGACAACAUUGACAGUUGAAGUUUUUAGAAUAAAAAAUAUAUUUCACUAACAUUGUAUACAUUUCUUGUUUAAUAUUUGGUGAUGAUAAAAUUUGAUUGUAGUAUAAACUAUCAUGUAAUAUGAUUUUGUAAGCCGAGUAGACUAAAUACUGAAAUGAUAUUUUUGAGUAAUUAAUAAAAAAAUAUUUUGUUGUA